UCGCUGUCGAGAACAAUUUUUGCGCGUUUUUCUUUGUUUUAUUGCAAUAACAAAAGUGCAUGUGCAAUUGUCUCCACAACACUCUGCUGCUUCUGUGAGGGGAAACGAAAAUUUUGAAUUUUCAAACGGCAUUUUUAGCGGAGAGCUGCCAUUCUGAAGACGUGUGAAGUGAAUUUUCCUUGUAAAAUUUUUAAAAGGUUUUAAGGUGCAGUUUUUAGUGUUAAAUAUUGUUCAAAAGAUAGCUGCACAUCUUGUUUGAAUCGUAGUGUAUUAUUUUAUUUGCAAGAAGCAAAUUUUGCCAAGAAGGUCUCGUCCGAUCUUUGGAUUGAUAUUCGGUUAAUUGAGACAAAUCUGAGUUCGCUUUGUUAUUCAUUCAUUGCUGCGUUAAUUGAACGUCUUAUUCAAAAUGAGCAAACCCGAUGCAUCACGUCAAAAUUCCUACAAAUCUAACUCCAUCAACACGCAGGAGUCACGCAUGCGUCGCCAUGAGGUCACCGUAGAGCUGCGUAAAUCCAAGAAAGAGGAUCAACUAUUCAAGCGACGCAAUAUUAACGAAGAGGAUAUUGUAUCACCUCUGAAGGAGUCCAAUAGUCAAUCGCCUGUGCAAAUGACCAUCGAUGAAAUGGUUUCCGCUAUGAACAGCCAAGAUGUUGAACGUCAAUUCAUAGGCAUGCAAUCGGCACGUAAAAUGCUAAGCCGCGAACGCAACCCUCCUAUUGAUUUAAUGAUAGGGCAUGGCAUUGUACCCAUUUGCAUACGAUUCCUGCAGAACUUUGAGAAUCCUUUGUUGCAAUUCGAGGCUGCAUGGGCGCUUACGAAUAUUGCUUCGGGCACUUCGGAACAGACACGUUGUGUCAUCGAACAAAAUGCAGUGCCACAUUUUGUUUCACUGCUCAAAUCAAAGUCGAUUAAUCUUGCCGAACAGGCAGUUUGGGCUUUGGGCAACAUAGCAGGCGACGGCGCAGCAGCACGUGACAUUGUCAUACAGCAUAAUGUGGUCGAUGGUAUACUCAAUUUGAUAAAUAGUGAAACGCCACUUUCCUUCUUGCGCAACAUUGUUUGGUUGAUGUCGAACUUGUGUCGUAACAAAAAUCCUUCGCCACCAUUUGAUGAGAUAAAACGCUUGUUGCCUGUGCUAUCAGAGUUGCUCUGUGGCGGCGAUGUACAAGUGCUAGCCGAUGCUUGUUGGGCCCUAUCCUAUGUGACUGACGAUGAAAACAUAAAAAUUCAAGCUGUAGUUGACACAGGUGCAGUGUCGCGUUUGGUCACACUACUUGGCACCGACGAGCCGUCAAUAAUUGUGCCAGCAUUACGUAGCGUUGGUAACAUCGUUACCGGUACGGAUCAUCAGACGGACGCAGUUAUUGCUGCGGACGGCUUGCCUCGAUUGGGUGUUUUGCUGCAACAUCCAAAGGCUAAUAUUGUGAAGGAGGCAGCCUGGACUGUUAGUAAUAUCACAGCCGGAAACCAAAAGCAAAUUCAGGCCGUUAUCGAUGCUGGUAUUUUCACUCAAAUUCGCCAUGUAUUGGAAAAGGGCGACUUCAAGUCACAAAAAGAGGCCGCUUGGGCCGUUACAAAUACCACUACGAGUGGCACACCUGAACAAAUAAUCGAUUUGAUUGAGAAAUACCAAAUAUUGAAGCCAUUCUGCGAUUUGCUCGACGCAAAGGAUCCGCGCACUGUUAAGGUUGUACUAACGGGACUUGCCAAUUUGUUUGUAUUGGCCGAAAAAUUGGGCGGCACAGAGAAUCUCUGUUUGAUGGUCGAGGAAAUGGGCGGCUUGGAUAAGCUGGAGAAAUUACAGGAGCACGAAAACGAGGAGAUAUACAAAAAGGCUUUCGCUUUGGUGGAUGCCUACUUCAGCAAUGCCGAUGAUGCCGAGGCUGAGUUGGCGCCACAAGAGGUUAAUGGUGCGCUCGAAUUUAAUGCGGCUCAAUCGAAAACGCCCGAAGGCGGUUACACGUUUUAGUUAUGUGUGUGGGAAUGCAGCUGCUAGCGUGCUGCUUAAUCAUCGAGAAAUGUGUGCGCGUGUUUGUAUGUUUAACUAAUAUUUUGGUUGCACACACUCGCCGAGUAGUGCAAUGCUAUUAUGCAACCGUCGUUUUUUUUUACAUAUUACAUAUAUAUACAUGCAAACAAUCGUUCACAUUUUUCAAUGAUUUUUUACGUUCGCCCGUGGUGCCAAUCAUCGUCAACAUAAUAUGUAAUUUUAAGAUUUGAGCACUUAUGCUUAAGAUAGACACUAAUUAAAAUUACUUCCCACCUAAAAGCCGCUUGCAUUCGCCAAUUUGGUUUAAAUUUUAUGCGUUUAUCACCAAACUAUGCAUGCAAUUAUUGUAUUCACAUGUUUUUUUAUUCCACAUUUACUCAAUUAUACUCAUAAGCUUAUUUGAUGUUUGUGCGAAAAAAAAUUAUGUUAAUUUUAAUUCGGAUUCGCUAAUGCCCAUUAAAUUGUUUUUAAUACCUCUUUAAGAUUGCGCUGAAAAUUCAUACAUUAUUGUGGCCACUACUACAUACAUUAACUAAAUGUUAAAAUGAUCGUAUCAAACAAAAUUGUAAAAUGCUUUAUUACUUACAUACAUACAAACAAUAAAUCAUUCAGGUAAUGAAAAGUUAUAACGAAA